AUGGCUGAUAAAAAAAUUUUUAGAGAAAUUGAGGGUAUUUUCGGUUGGAUUAAAAAAAGAAAUAAAUUAGAAAACGGUGUCAAAGAUGAAGAUGAUGAUUAUUAUGAUGUAGAAAUAGAUUCUAAACAAUAAAUAUCAGAGUUUUUUAAAUUCUUAGAUUUAGAUGCUACAAAAGAAGAAAUAAACGCAUUAAAUGAAUUAGCAUUAAUUAAAAAAUAAGAAUAAAUAAAAAGAGGAAAACAUGUAGAUAAUAAGCAUAAAGAUUAAUAAUAAGAAAAUUAAUUUACAUAUAAAGACUUACUAAGAGUUUUUAUUCCAGAUGAUGACUUAACAGAAAAGUAAAUAGAAAACGAUUUAGAAAAAGAAAAAAAAUAACUCAUGAAUGCAUUUAAAAUACUAACUCCAGAUAAAGUUAGUGAUAAUAUUUCAAUGGAUAGACUUAAAAAAAUGAUAUUUACCUAUGAGAAAUAAUAUACCGGUGUUAAAAAUACAACAGAUUAAAAAGAAAUUGAUAAAGCCAUGACUAAAAUAGAUGAAAUAUUUAAUGAUUUAUAAUAAGAAGCUGAUGAGAAUGGAAUAUUUAAUUUUAAAUAAUAUUUAGAUGAUUAGUUUAGAAUGAAAAAAUGA